ACCCAGAGAGAAGCAACAUUUGGUUUCCGUGGCCCAACCUUUCCCUCCUUUUCUGGUCAAAAGAAGUCAAGGGGUAGCUAGCCUCUGAGAGCCAGCUCGUCUUGAGAUCAGGAGAAAAGGAGUCUCCCUGUUGGCAAAAAAAAAGAAAAUGAUCCUUUGGAUGUUAGCCUUUCUAAUCAUAUUCUACUUAUUGUGGAAUUGCAAAGGACUUCUAAGGAUUGCCGACAUCAAUGACAAGUAUAUCUUCAUCACUGGGUGUGACACAGGCUUUGGAAAUUUGGCAGCAAAAACUUUUGAUAAAAAAGGAUUUCGUGUUCUUGCUGGUUGCCUGACAGAAUCAGGAUCCAGGGCUCUAAAGGCAUCUACUUCUGGAAGUCUUCAACUGUGCUUUUUGGAUGUGACAGACCCAGACAAUGUAAAAAGGACAGCCCAGUGGGUGAAGAUGAGGUUGGGGAAAAAGGUGAGUGACACAGGUCUUUGGGGACUGAUCAAUAAUGCUGGCAUUCUUGGGGUUCUGGCUCCCACCGACUGGCUGACAGUGGAACACUUCAGGGAGCCCUUUGAAGUAAAUCUGUUUGGUCUCAUCAAUGUGACAUUGAACAUGCUACCUUUGGUCAAGAAAGCUCGAGGGAGGAUAAUUAAUGUCUCCAGCAUAGGUGGUCGGCUUGCAAUCUCUGGAGGAGGAUAUACCCCAUCCAAGUAUGCAGUAGAAGGGUUCAACGAUAGCUUAAGGAGGGACAUGAAAGAAUUUGGGGUAAAAGUGUCAUGCAUCGAACCUGGAUUGUUUAAAACAGGACUGUCGGAUCCAGUAAAGGCCACUGAAAAGAAAAUGGCGGUUUGGAACCAACUUUCACCAGAUAUCAAACAACAAUAUGGUGAUGGAUACAUUGAGAAAAGUCUGGCUAAAAAAGAAAAACACAAGCAUUUUCAGAACAUAGAUCUGUCACUGGUUGUAAAGUGCAUGGACCAUGCCUUAACAAGCCUCUUUCCUCAAACUCAUUACAUCGCCGGUGUAGAUGCCAAGACUUUUUGGAUUCCUCUGUCGCUCAUGCCAGCAAUGUUGCAAGAUCUUCUGUUGCAGAAACAUAAAGUAAAACUGGCUGAUCCAAAGGCAGUGUGAUUCAGUCAACCUGAAUUGCUCAGUUCCUAAGUAAUGAGAUUGAUAGAUUUAAAGACUAAUCAGGAUUUGGGCAUCAUUCUGAUUGAACCUGAUUCCAUUUGGAAGCCUAUGUUACUUGACGUAAGCAAAGCAUCCUCAACCAUCACUGAUGAACUCCUUGAGGUGUGUCUUAAGCCUUGACUAGAAAGUAGGCAGAAGUGGUAAACUGAGACUUGGCAAGAAGGAGUAGGUGGAAGGGGAGAUGUGAUGCUGUUACCUAGGCAGGGCUGGUCCCAAAUACAGGUGCUCAACACUAUUUGAAGGUCAAUGAAAACCCCAGCUUCCCCAAUCCAAUGUUAUCUUCCUCUGGCCCACCAAAAUACUUUUACCACAUUUAGAGUCACUCUUUUUGAUUAAAGUAUUGUUUACAGGAGGCUUUAUUAAAAUGUAAAGGAUUAACAAAGAUAAAUUCAUCAGAUUAGCUCUUGUCACCUGGCAGGAUCUAGACAUUGAAGUGAUUGGAAACAGGACAGGUAGCUUUUGAUGGUGGGAGGAUAGGAAUAGAAUUGAACUUAAGGUGCUUCCUGCAGAAGACAAAUCAGAAUGGACCUCUGAAUGACACAGAAUGACCUUUAGUGGGAAUGGGCAGGAAAAAGGGGAAGGGUCCAUCCCUUCAAUCCAAAAUUGUCUUUUCCCCUUGGCCUUGUGACAAACCACAGGGAGGGAAGAAAGGGAGAGGAGGAGGAGUGACAAAAAUGACAGGACAAGAGGCCUCAAAGUGGCAGUGAGAAGAGACAUCAACGAUAAACUUCACCAUUCAGUAGACAUUUAUGACGUGCCUAGUACAUAUAAGGCAUUAUGGUAUGAAUUGGAGCUAUAAAAGCAAAAAAAAAAAAAACUAUCUUUGCCCUUAAGAAUCUUAGAAUCUAAAAGGCUGGGGAGAAUAUCAAUGUUCUAUUCUUUCCAGACCACUGAAAAUAUGACCAUCUAUGUCAAAUUAGAGAGUAUAACCUUAAUCUCCUCCUACAAAGGAAACAAAAGCAUCUGGGGAUUUUUAUUUCAACAAAGGAUCAUCCUCAAAGCAGAAGAAUGGCCUGUUACAGGGUAUCCUUGGUAUAUCCCUCCUGGGGUCCCUUAGAGAACUGCAAAGAUCACCAGAAGAGUCACACAGCCAGGACUUGGACCCAGGUCAUCCUGACUUUAAGACAAGCUCUGUCCAAACUGCCUCUAAUGAGCUACAGGAUAAAUUAUAAAUUAUAAAUUAUAAUCAUUAACACAAACUCACAACAAAUUCAACCAACUCUGGAUCACUGCUCCAUCCAUCUAGGGGUUCCAAUCUGCUCAGGUUGCUACCAGAGGCAUCAAAACCCUCCCUAGACUCUACAGGGAGAUUACUGAUAGUCAUGUAUCUCUCUGGAUUUGCCCACUUUGAAUUUAUAACCCCAGGAGGUGUUUGAGAAUUAGAAAAUUGGCUUGGGCUCUGGACAUAUUGAAUGGAAUAUCCAACAAUUCACUAAUGGGGCAAACACAACACAACACGCUGUCCUCCAAAUCCCCCUGAGAGUGCCUCCAAACUCGGGAAGCAAGAAAGUGGGACUUGACAUGUAUUAUUUGUGUUUUUAUCUUUUCCAUACUCUGUGUUUAAAUCAUUGUUCAAUGGACCCCCUC